AACCGUUGAAUGUUGAGAUGUGUCAAGAGCAGCUUAAGUCUUAUUACAACACCUUUAGCAAGGUGAAAAUCAUUCCAUGGGACGACAGCUCUUCCAUUCAGAUUGAUGAGAUCUACACACCUUUGUCUUGGGUCAGAGAUCACAGGAAGCCCAGCGGAGUGACACAAGAGGAACUUGAAGACUACACCGACAUGUUCAAGGAAAAACCAACACGAAUGCUUGUUUAUGGUCGGCCAGGAAUUGGCAAGAGUACGUUUUGUAAGAAGGCUGCAUAUGAUUGGUCGAAAGCCUUAAGAGAAAUCCUAAUGAACUUUUGCAUUUUGCUUCUGAUUAAGUUGAGAGAUGUGUGUGACGUGGGAAACAUCCGCGACGUUUUACGUGCGUCUAAAUUGCUGGCCAGUGAUGGUCCGAUCUCAGUUGAUAGUCUCUAUGAUUACAUAACUAACAAUCAAGAUAAAGUGCUUCUUAUUUUGGAUGGCUACGAUGAGUACAGCUUUGCAGAAGAACACUCACCCAUCCUUGAAAUUUGGAAGGGUGAGCAACUAAGAGAUUGUCACGUUAUUGUCACCACGCGUCAACUUAAAUGUGACGAGUUAAGAGGCCCCAGCCACGUUCAGUUAGAAAUUCAAGGUUUCAAAAGCUGGGAACGAAAAGAAACCUUUGCGAGAAAAUUUAUGGCAGGUGAAGAAGAUCUUAACGAGUUUAGGCUCUACCUGGAAGAAAAAGAUCUCGAUGACAUGGCAGAAAUACCUCUCCUCUUACUGAUGCUGUGUAGUUUGUGGAAAGAGAAACGUCACGAAGGACUGCCAAAAUCACGGGCCGACAUAUUCACACAAUUCAUUCAAACCAUGCUGGAUCACAAAGGUGGAAGUCACCAGCCUAUGCCAUUUCAGAAAAUGACCUCAACAGAAGCCAGAGAAGACCUUAGUAAUCUUGGAAAGGCUGCCUUUGAAGCACUUCUGCAAGACCGUCUUUACGUACGCUGCAGCGAACUCCCCCGCAAUAUUUCAAGAAGUUUUGAAAAAUUAAGUGAAGUUGGGCUUUUCCAGAUUGUCAAUCUUACGAGUCUCAAUCCUGAGAAAGGGGCCUAUUUCAUUCAUAAAUCCGUACAGGAGUUCCUUGCAGCCUGGCACAUUAAGGAGGAAGUGUUGUCGAAUAAAGGAGAAAGUACGCCUAGCCUUUCCAAAGUUGAAUCAUUUGAAAAGAUCGAUAACAUGAGAGAAGUUCUGAAAUUUGCCUGUGAGCUGUCAACAGAAGCCGCGUGCGCAGUUUUCCAUCAUGUGGGGUCUGUUGGAAGAAAGGAAUCUUUGACGGAAUCUGAUUUCAUUGAGCUGCUUCUGGAGGAUGAAGAACUGUCUCGAAAUCAAGAACUUUAUCUUGAGCUUAUCUCGCAUAGCUACGUUUGUUGUUCGGCCGAGAAGAGGCUGGAUCUCUACUCAGUGUUUCCCUCUUGCACCGGAGGUGUUUUUUUGUAUCUUGAUUCUAACCAGGUGAACAUUACUGCAAAUGAACAUUUGCUGAAAUCUGGCAUGAUACCCGACUUUAUAUUUUUCUAUGACAACGAAAAUUCAGAGAAAAGCUAUCGAGACUUGAUCACUAUAGCGGAGGACACAAAUGCAGUAUUUUUGAGCUGUUCGGGCGAAAAGAAAGCUGCAGAUUUACUGAAGAAGUUCCCGCGUCGUUAUUUGGGCGAGUUCUUUUUGAAGAGAGAGAGAAAAAUCGUCGUUUAUGUUUAUCAAAUAUACGUAGUAAAAUAUGGUAGCACUUUUCCGACUGAAAUGCUGCGAGAGCUCAUUUCGCCAACAGCAGAGUCUACUCAGGUGACGCGUCUUGUUGAUCCGUUAAAUGAACACGACAGCGAAACAGCUUCGAGUUUGACUCAGAACACCGAUAGCAUCACUGGUCCUACUCCGCAGAGCCUUUCCUGUGUGAAGGAGAUUUAUAUUGAAGACAUAGAAAGGCAAGAGAUAAAGAUGCUGGCUGAUUUCUUACCACUUUUCACUGCUCUGCGUUAUAUAUAUAUUUUUCGUAAAUCCUCUGAAAUCAUUGAUGCUCAGUUGACAGAGACCCUGGUGUCUCGUAUCAUCUUCACUGACAGACUUGGCAAAUUAAUACUUUCUAAUAUCAAUUUAACAGCCAAACCUGCCGCAGUCAUCGCCAGAUCUCUGCACCAGGCUCCUGGCCUGCAACACCUCAACUUGUCAAAGAACCCUCUUGGUGAAGGAGUAAGUGUUCUUAUUCAACAUCUCAGCCGUGUUCCUCACCUGGGGAGGCUGAGGCUUUCUGAUGUCAAAAUGACAAAGCAACAAGUGAAUGAAUUGAGUGCAGCUGUACGUCAGAGUAACAUCUCCUGGUUGGACACACAAUACCACGUAAGUUUUGUGAUCUUAGUUUGCACAAAUGUAGUCAUAAUUCUUAUAGAUUCUGUUCAAUUUCUUGUGGUGUUGUUUUGCAAUUGCGAUGUAGCUAUCUCCAAGCCACAAGAGACACUUGCGCAUUUCCGAAAAACGCGUGUGCGGGCAACAGUCAAAGUUGAACUGAAAUGGAGCAUCUUCUUUAGAUUCAUUAAGAAUCCCCAGUCCCAAAAAAAAAAAAAGAAAAAGCCCAGUCCAUUAUCCGCAUUGCUGGACAAAUGGUAAUUCGCAGCUCAAUUUCGUUCCGUUUUAAUCAUGCUUUCAUAACAUUCUUUUGUAUUUUGUCGCAACAAGCCGACUCGCAAACGGUUCGUAAGAGAGGAAAUCCAAAGCGAAGCAAAUAUUGUGGCUUUUUGAUGAUGUUAACGAUUUCAAUUAAAAGGUUUUCAUUCCCGAAUUACUGAAAAGGCUUACAUGCAUUAGAACAUUAUACAGUCACUCUUUGUCGCUACCAUUUAAUUUGUUAAACUUGGAAGCAAAGCCAGUCAUUUUUUUUCAGUCAAGAUGAGAGCCAACUUAAGUAUUUUUGUUUACGUUUGAGGAGGGGUGAAGUCUGAAGUGUGAAGUGUGUUUUUGAGUGUCUUAAACAAUAUCAUUUUGUGUGUCUACAGUGGAAACACAGAAACUGGAUACACUCCAUUCCUAAUUCAUCCCAUUAACCUCGAUAAAUCUAUUCCUUUUAUAAUUAGAACCAGAGAAAAAAGUAGAAAAUAAAGUAAAACGAAAGUAAAUGCGUUCCACUCCGUGCGCUUGAAUGUGAGGACGGCCGCGUGUUUUCAGAUAUUAAUGACAGAAAGUUAAUGUCAGUGUUUGGAAGAGAUCAAGGAGCUACUUUCUAAACUUGUCUUAAAAUUUAGGAAAUCUGCUAGGACUGGUUUUCGACUUUUGUUUAUUCGUUUAGCUAUUCUUUUACAUCGGAAAAUGGUCUUGAUUUCCGUAAGGGCAACAGAAUGGAGGGAGUAAACAAUUGCUUGCACUUACCAUGAACUGAGCAUCUGUCUGUAAGAAAUGAUUUGAGACCCUAGUUUUUUCACUUUGUUUUAUUUACAGCUCUUAGGAGUUGUUAAACAAUGUCAUACUUUAAAGCUGAAGCUUCUCUCUGAUGGAGGAAAAGCUAAACUUCAAAGGAAAUGUGGUGUGUUUCUGGACACUCUGAGAAAAAAAUUUUAAUACCUGAUUAUUCCCUUAGAAAGAGCUUCUGGAAUAGUAUUUGGGAGUUUUGUAGAAGGAAGGUUAGCAUAAAUCUGUAAAUUUUGAUUGAUUAACUCAGUGGUUUACUAUAUCAUUUAGGUUUUGAAAAAAUGCUGUAAAGGCACAGCAGAAUUUUUUUACCCUUAAACUUCCUUUUACACAGAUUUUCCUUUUCUUCCUCUGGUCCUAACCAGAAGUCACCAGGAACGUUGUCGAUUAGAAAAGAAAUGAACAAGGGCUUCCACUUGAAAAGUAGUGGAGAAAGAAUGCUACCACUGUAAGAGAGAUACUGGUUCAAAUUUGCAGGCAGAGAUUCUCUAAUGUCAAUGGUUUGCAGUUACUUUGUUCAAACAUGUUUUUAUCCUACUCUAUCCAGAGAGUUUCUUGUUAAUCAGCCUGUGUAAAAAUAAUAAUGAAGGUUACAUCUGUCUGAAUCAAACUUGCCCUAACUGGUGAUAUGUCUUUACAUUUUUUAUAUUAACUUACUAAGCAGACUGCUAAGCUGAUGAGCUGCUGAACUACCAAAAUAUUGCAGCAUUUGAAAUGCUCACAAAUAAUGUCCACCUUUGCAGUUUCCUAAGUUUGAAAAUGAGUACUAGCUGUGGAUGAGCCACUUAGUAAAUAUUCUUAACCUUUAAAGAGGAGACAUCAGCAGUUCCUCAUUCUCACAUGAACCACUGAGCCUUUUCCUUAAAAGGUUACCUUUAGUUGUAUUCUCUGCAUGGGCUUGUCAGGUCAAGUAGCUAUAAGACUCUAGGAGAGGUGGUCACUUUGAUGUUAUGUAUAUUUUUUGAACACUUCAGCUUAUUUCUCUAAUAAAAUAAUCAGUAUGGGCCCCACCAUGGAUGUAAUUGGAAUAUAUCUAAAUUUUGGUGAGCCUUGUGAUGUUUGCUUACAUGGAACGUUCCUUAAUAUAAAAGUUGUUUUAAAUUGACUCAGUCAAACAUACUCAUGGCAUAAUUUCUCUUCAUAUAAAAAGUAACAAGGGUAAACAAGUUGGAGUUCAGGUGUAUGUUGUUUGACAGGAUGAUGUUGAUUGUUGGUUUGUGAUUUAUGACAGGAUCACAAAGGGAAUGUCAAACCUGAAGAAGAAUGGCCAACAGAUGAAUACUGGGAAGAUCAUUGGAGCGAAUCAGAAGAAGAGUCAGAUCCUGGGUCAGGUAUCAACUCAGGUGAUGAGGAGGAGCCUGGGUCAUUUACCGCCUCAGGUGACGAGGAGGAUCUUGGGUCAGGUACUGACUCAAGUGACGAGGAGGAUCCUGAGUUAGUUAUCAACUCAGGUGACAAGGAGGAUCCUGGGUCAGUUACUGACUCAGGUGAUGAGGAGGAGCCUGGGUCCUGCCUGGAAACAUAACUGACUGGGACUGACUCAGUAGACCGCCUGAAACUAAGGAAACUUACCAUUGGCCAGAACUGUCAGGCCAGACCAGUCCAUCCAUUGAUAGAAUUCCUUCAGAUCUACUCAGUUAGAGAAGUCAAUACCUAAGUUGUAGUCAUUGUGUUGAACAAAAUUUGAAAACAAGUUUAGGAAACCUGAUUAAACAAAGCACAUUUCAAGAUGAUUGGUUGGUUUGGUAGGUUUCUGACCAAUGGUAGGAGACUUCAGUGUGGUGAUCAAAUGAACAAACAAUCAACUGUUGGAUGAAAGAUAAGGAAAUAUAUUCUUAGAGUCACUUAGCUUAGGUAAAUUGGUACCCUCACCAACAUGGUAACUCCCUCCCACAACAUCGCUAAGAACAUGUGGGAUGUUCCUCUGGAGUCAGAGUCUCAUUCUUGAAAUUGAUUGUUGGAUUUGGAUAUAUUUUAGGUUAUUUUUUGAUGUCCAGUAUUGUUGGUUGUAGUGUGGAUUUACAGCUUUGAGCUUCAAAAUUUGGUUUUCAUGUCUUUGAGUUAGAGACUGUGGUAUUUUUUGUCAUUUUUAGUUUAGUAAGCUAAUGGUUAUGUGCUGCCUUGGCAAUUAAAUUAUUCAUUAGGCUUACUGUCCCUACUUUUGAUGUAAAUGUAAGAAGUCCUCAAUGCAGCCAUUCUUCAAAAAAUCAUAGAUAUUUCGGAUCAAAAUCAGUAUCUGGGCAACUGCCCACCUACCCCUCCCCUAACUCAACAAUAGUUAAUUAAUAACAAGUUAGGGUUAAUGUUGGGCUAAGGGAGGGGUAGGUGGGCAUUUGCCCAGAUACUGAUAUUGAUCCGAUGUGGCAAAGAGCAAAACCUUAACUACAGAUUGAAGUCUUCACUAAAAGCAAAAAAACAAUGUGAAUAUCAAUUUUGUGAUUUAGGAUCAAUAUUUUUCGUAUUUUCAUGGCAUUCAAGAUGCUGUGAAUGAAUUAAGCUGUUUGUUAAUUCGGGACAGGCUUCUGCCUGCCUAAAUUUCUAAAGAUAACAUUGGAGAUUAAUGUAAAUAUUGCAUUGUGGUUGACAGUCAGUCAUCAGAGCUUUCAAAAGUCAGUUGAGUUUGAUGGAAGAAGGGAGACUGUGUUUGACAAGUAUUUCCAUAACUCUGAAUUGUAAAAUAAUUUAAUACAGUAUUGUAUUGGUUGUACUCUCAAAUUUGUCAAGUGAGUUACAGUUAAGUCAUGGUUAUAUUAUAUCUUUCUUAUUU